UCCAAGUGUUUUUUCGUGCACGUGCAGUGUUUUUGCGUUGUAAAUCAAAUUAUAAUCCCAGUGUUUAAGGAUUUUAAGGUGUUUAGAGUAAUAAAAAUGGAAAACCCAAAGCAAGAGUCGACUACCGCGAUGACCAAAGAAGCUCUUCACGUCAAAGAGGAGCUAAUAAAAUCACUCUUUGCAAAAUACGAGGAAUACAACUUGAAAAUUAUCACAGCACUUGAUCGCGACGACGACGACGAUGAGGACGUCGACGUCGUCGAGACCAAAUGUUUUAUGGUGUUAGAGACCAUCAUGAGCCUAAAAAACUCAGCCUCAUCAAGGCAAGGUCCAAACGUGGUUCCUAUUAAGCUCCCCGAUAUCAAAAUACCUCCAUUUACAGAAAAGCGUGCACUUGCACUCGAGAAUUCAGAGCGUCCAGCAGCCCCAAAUUCUGACCUGCAUAAGGGUCCUACAAAGAUUUGUGGAGCAGCCUACAAGGAGGAGCCGCCGGCAGCGUUAGUUGCCAACAAGUCUGCAACUGCGCCAUCAUGUAUGCUGUGUGUUGUUGUCGAGUGAGCCUGCGCGAGCUUCCCAGCCGCCUACAAAGCAGUCCACAGCCAGCGACGCCACUAAAGAUGUCCAUUACCCAACGCUUCUCAACACACAGUUCGGCCAUGUAAUAGCUGGUAAUGUUGCCGGCCCUACUCCUAAUCAGGUGGUAUCUUUGUUUUGCACACAAUGUGACUCAGAUCUUGAUGAUACAUUAACUCGCUUUUGGCAGGCUGAGUCAGUACCUGAGGUUUUUAAAGAGUGCUCUUCAGAACACAACACUUGUGAGGAAAUAUUCAAAGAACAUGUACAGCUUAAAGAUAAUAAAUUUGAAGUUGCCUUGCCUCUCAAGCUCCCUCUUACCUCUGUUAACGAAACACUUGGUGAUUCUUUACAUCUAGCCUUAAAAAGAUUUUACAAUUUGGAAGCUAGACUACAUAAAGACCCUAUAUUGUUUGAUCUUUACAAAAACUUCAUACAAGAAUACAUUGAAUUAGAUCAUGCUACUAAAAUUGAUAUUAACCAGUAUGAUCUCAAUACUGACCCAGUUUACUUCUUGCCACAUCAUCCCGUGGUCCGAAUGGAUAAAAAGACUACCAAAUGUAGAACUGUUUUUGAUGGGUCAAUGAAAACAAGUAGAAAAGUUUCACUUAAUGACAUACUUUUAAAUGGUGAUGUGGUACAGAGUGAACUGUUUGAUAUUUUAAUGCUGUUUCGUUUUGAGGAAUUUGUAUUUGUUACUGAUAUAAAACAUAUCGCACCCUUAAGGCGAUAGGUGAGGCAAAACUGCAAAAUAGACCUC